GGCUUCAGGAAGCGCCACCAGCUGUCAAACUAAAAUUAUCCCUUGAGGAGACUGACACAACCAUCUACGGUUUCCUAAGUCUACAUCGGCGCGUUUCUUUCAUUUCAGCUUUCAGAAGAAGAACCACAUAGAACCAAAAGCCCAGUCAUGUCGCUGUCUCAGAUCACCCCCACCCUGUUCCUCAGCGGGGCCGACGCCCCCUUCAACUCGGCCCUGGUGUCGCAGAAAGGCAUCACCCUGAUCGUCAACGCCACGGUCAGCCACGCCAGCCCGGCCUAUCCGGGGGUGGAGUGUGUUCGGGUUCCCGUGUCCGACCUGCCCAGCGCCCGCCUCGGAGACCACUUCGACCGCGUGGCCGAGAGAAUCCACUUGAACCGAGCGGGCGGCACGCUGGUCCACUGCGCCGCAGGCAUGAGCCGCUCGCCGGCGCUGGUGAUGGCGUAUCUGAUGCGGUACCGAGGGGUGACGCUGUGCCAGGCGCAUCGCUGGGUGCAGGACAGGCGCCCGUACGUCAGGCUCAACGCCGGGUUCUGGGAACAGCUGCUGCAGUACGAGAAGAGGCUGUACGGGAAAAACAGCGUCCGAGUGGCCUCCGUGGAAGAGGCGCCACCUCCUCCUCCGCCACGGGUCACGAGGGCGACGAGGCCAAUGCUGCCGCAGACGACCUGGGGAACACGCGGUCCCAGGUCGGCGCUGCUCACGCGAUCCCCGCUGAUGUCACGGGCUCAGCUGAUGACGCCAGAAAACAAAUCACUAAGAAGAACCAGGUCCAGCAGCCUCCAACUCUGAGCUGCACCCAGACCGACACACCUGAAAGGUCCAAGAGCACAAAGGUAGAGGAAAAUAUGUGCUGGAGAAGCUGAGAAUUCACUUCUGAUGUGUUUGUGUUUUUUUCAUGGCCUCAGUUGGAGUCAAAUAUGGAGUUAUAUGUAUACUAUACUAGAAUUAGAUUGAACUUUUAUAACCCCAAGCCUAUUUUCUGGGGGUCUCAGGUUUCAGAUCAGCUGCCUGUCCACACGUUUGUUCUGAAGCAGAUCAGGCAUGAAGGCCUUCACCUGGUAGCUGUUAACUCUAUUUGCUCUCCACAGUCAACAGUCAUGCGGACAUCUACAAAUAUCUUCUAACUGUCAACAUUUAAUUUUGGUAGUGGUGGAGAAAUGGUUCAGUAGGAUAAGCUUUAAUCAUGAACCCUGAAAACGACUGAGAAAGACAUGGAUAUGGCUCCGUCAGGCGCUUGGAUGUAACAGUCCAGCAGUGGUUCUCAGCAUCAACGAUAGCUCGUCACCAUCCUCGUCUCCCAGCUCCUUAAAAGGCAGCCCUUCUGGGACCAUGCACCAGGUAAACGGUGAACUGAAGUGGGACCCUGUCAGUGUGCAAGAAUCCAAGAAGACAGACGUUGGUCCGUCCCCUGGUGAACCAGCUUUUUCCUCAGAAGCAUAGGUUUCGUCUCAUUCACACAAUGAUGGCAGAGCUGCUGCAGCGGUGGAGGCUUGGGCUUCAGUUUCAGGGCACAUGCCAGCAUUCACUUCCCCUUAGGGACAGUGGGGAAGUUGGACCAGAGUGAAAAGGAGAGAAGCAGCUUCCUUGCUUUGUGUCACCAUCUGUUUCUGUAUAAUUUCUACUAAAAUAUUUCAUCAUCAGAGUUGAAACAGUCAGUAAAACUGAUUCCAUCAGAGGAGUCUCAGCAUCCUCAGCUUUAUCUAUAUACUGUAGUUAUUCAUACUGUUGUCAGUGAGAAUUCAGUUUUGAAUCUCUAACUCACUGGUGAUGCUGUAAUGAGCUACAAAAUGUAUUUAGACAAAUAUUUACUCACAACUUUAUUUAAAUGAUGUUUACCCUAUGAUCUUUAUGUUCAUGAACUACAAAAUAUAUAAUAUAGAUAAUUGUGUUUUCAUAAGCAAAAAGGUUAAAAUGUAGGCAUGUAUGAUAAAUCCCUAACAAUCAUCUUAAUGUGUAAUGAAGCUUCACAUCUCUUCUAUUCGAAAACAGAAAAAAAAUCACCAUCAUCAUCAUAAACUCCCUUAAAACCAAUAUUUGCACGACACCUUUAGCUUUACUAUGACUCUCUUAAAUGAAAUUGACUCCACCAA